GCGCGGCUGCAGACGUCCUGUUCAGUCAGAGGCACGCUUCAGGCUGCACAGAUGCCUUCGCCGAUCCCCGUGACUCGCCUUUUGCCCAAAGACAUCUACCCCUCGCUGGACACCGGCGCCUGCAGCAGCCCGCUGACCAGACACCCCCAUGGCCCCACGCUACAGGUCCCCGUGCAGCGGCUCCACGGCAAAGUCGCCGGUCGGCUCUGGUCCUCCGUGAUCCUGUGGAAGGAGCUGCGUUCGGUGGUGCCCGUGGGCUCCGGCGGGUUCGGCUCCGUCUACAAGGCGGACUACCUCGGGGAAACCGUGGCGCUGAAGAAGGUGAAGAAGUGCGCCAAGAACACGCUGGCGUCGCGGCAGAGUUUCUGGGCCGAGCUCAACGCGGCACACCUGCGUCACGGCAACGUCGUGCGCGUCAUCGCGGCGACCACCUGCGUGCCCGCGGAGUUUGAAGACGACAGCAGCAUCGGGACGAUUCUCAUGGAGUUCGUGGGGAGCAGGAACCUCCAGCAGAUCAUCUGCGGGUGCGGCGAGUGGGCGGCGGAGCGCUGGCUCCGCUACGCCGCGGACAUCGCGCAGGGUUUGCGCUUCCUCCACGCCCACAGCAUCGCGCACCUGGACGUGAAGCCAGCCAACGUGCUGGUGUCCGCCGCGGACGUGUGCAAGAUCGCCGACUUUGGCUGCUCCCUGAAACUGGACGACGGCCGCGAGGCGAGCGCCGUCAGCCCACUCCUGAGCCACGUGGGCGGCACGUACACCCACCGGGCCCCGGAGCUGCUGAAGGGCGAGGGGGUGUCCACCAAGGCGGACGUCUACUCGUUCGGCAUCACCCUCUGGCAGCUGAUCACCAGGGAGCAGCCGUACGCCGACAAGGACCGGCAGUACGUGCUGUACGCAGUCGUGGCGCACAACCUGCGGCCGUCCGUGCAGGACGACGCCGCGUUCCGCUCGGAGCGGGGCCGGCGGUGCGGCGCGCUUCUGAGCCGGUGCUGGAGCGGAGAGGCCCGCGGCAGACCCGGUGCCGAGGAGCUGCUGACUCGGCUGAAGGAGCUGGGCUCUUGGGUAGAAGUGUCACAAAAGGACAGGUUUUAGGUGGUUGCCUCCACCAGCCUCUAAAAAAGAAUACCAAGUGCCUUUUUCGUUUACUGUUAAAACACAAGAUGUGCCUCGUGAAGAUGACGUCACGGGUUUAUGCCAAGUGUUGCACUUUUCAACCCGACAUAAGCUGGAAUCAUUGUCCUGCUUUUACCUCUGACGAAGUGGCUUGAAGAUAACUUGGUUGUCGGUAUUAAAUGACACGAUACGUGUAACACGUUUGUUUCUAUGAAGAAGCUGCUACAGGGAAAACAUUUAAAACCUCUUUCGUAGAUUGAUUGUUUUAAUUGAUGCACUUUAAGAUGUCAACGUUCUCUUUUAGUUCUGGUCCUCGCUGUGUUUUGCCAACUCAGACCAGCUGAGCUUUAAACUGCUGUGAAAGUUCUAACUUCGUUUUAGCGUCUUUUGUCUUAACUGGGUUGUAAAAUGUGUUUUAUUUGUCAUGCUGUGAUAAUGAGAUUUAAAUGUUUUCAUUAAAAUUAUUUUUACACUA